AUGGCUUUACCACAUAUUGACAUCAAUCUUUUUUUAAUAUUAUCUAGAUUUCCUAAUGAGAUUCUUGAUCACAUCAUCAGCUACAUACCUAAGUGUAUGUUGCCUGAAUUAUUGUACUUUCGGUCAAUUAAGCCUUUUGUGGCGUACCGAGUAUUAAUGAAUGUUGCUAUCAAAUUUCUGGUACAACGCCAGAAGCAAAAUCAAUUCAUUGGGUAUGUGAUCAGUCCAGAGACACGAAGUCAGCUGGAAAAGUUAAAGAGGAACCAUAUGCUCCAACUAUCUUGGGUAAUGUUGUAUAGUGUGUAG